AUGUCAACAGAACCCGAGCGCUUCUUCCCUUUCCACUCCUCCCACCUCUCCUCUGUAUCUUCCAUCACCUGGCUGCAACCGUGCCGGCCACAGAGAGCAUGGAUUGCGCGUUUCCUUCCCAACGCGCGGCGCCCGCUGUCGCAGGUCCUACUGGCGCAAAUACCAGCUCCGCCCUUCUCCGCGAGCCCAGCAGCAGCGUCCAUGGGCGUGGUCCCGGGGAGUCGCUUGCGCCGAGAGAGCGGGAGAGGCAGGGGCACGAGCGUCGACACGAGAAUAGGUACGGGUAGGGAGGGCGGCAGCGGGAGGUGGCGGAGAGGGAGUGAGAGCAGCGCGAGUGUGGAGUUCGCGGGUGGCCCUCAUGUGGGCGCCAUGAUUUCCCCGCGGGGCAGCAGCUCUGCUAGCACGAGCACGAACACGGGCAGGGGCAGCAGCGCGCAUGUGAGCCACCUGGACGCCGCUCUCAUUGGCCCCACUGCUGCUGCGGCGUUCACUGCUGAUGUUCACGCCAUGGCCUGGCCUGCUGCCCUGCGCAACCCCGGGCUUGCUCUACCCUCCAACACCACUGGACCCACCACCGCAAGUGGCAGCAAGAGUAACAGCAGUGCUGCUGUUAACAGCGGGGUUCGCAACAGAGGCAGCAGCGGCAGGGGCGGCGGUCAAAGGCCCAGCAGUCGCAGGCCGACGGCUCAGAUCCGCAUCGACCGCAUUCCACCGGACACGUCCGCGGAGACAGUGGCGACGUUUGUGCGAGACACACUGGGCGUGAUUGUGGACCGCGUGAAGAUCAAGGGGUACACCCGCAUCCGCGCCCUGCCCGCUGGCAGAGCCACAGCAAGCGCAGCCAGCACAGGGGGGGCAGCAGGCGCAGGGGAGAGAGCAGUGGUGGGGGGGACGCGGUACCGGGAGGAGUGGGUGUCGGCAGGGUAUGGGUACGCAGACUUCCUCACAGCAGAGGUGGCGGAGUUUGUGAUGGCGAGGGAGGAGGCGCUGGUGCUGAAAGGGCAGCAGCUGGCACUGCAGUGCACCAUGGAGCAGCGCCGCGAGCCUGAGGGGCUGCUCUCCCACGCCAAUAGGCGCGUGCGGGUGGUGGUGCAGGCAAAGGCGGGUGAGCGGGGGAGGGGUGGUGUAGGGUGGGGAGGCCGCGCGGCAGGAGAGGGGGGUGCAAGGGAGGAUGCAGGUGCAGCGCUCUGUGGUGGCUCCCUGACGUCCAUCCCCCUGGCGUUCCAGCGAGUGGAGUACAAGCUGGAGUGGCGCAUGCGGGACGUGCGCCUGUGGGGCACCAAGGACGGCACCCCCCGCGACACAGACGGGCCCGGCCUCACCUCCUUGCUGCUGCUGCUGCUCUUUGUGCCGCCUGCCGUGUUCUCACGUGCAUGUGACGACGACGUGUGGCAGCUGGAGCCCGACAGAUGGUUCCCUGAUGAUGGCGACCCGUGGACCCGAACCACUGACGAGCACUUCCUCCCCGCGGGGGCGAGGGCGGGCGCUUGUACAAGCGCAGCAGCAGGCGCGUGUGUGGGCGUUGGGGAUGAUGGAAGGGGAGGUGCUGGUGCGAGGCGGUGGGACAGUGGGCCUGGUAGCAGUGGAGGCCGUGGCGUGAGUGGGUGGAAGGGGCGGGUGUGGAGUGGAGGGGUGUUGGGAGCGGCGUCGGUGAUGCAGGUGUCAGUGUCGGUGCGGCAUGGCAUCCAUGUGAGGCGCAUAGCAGAGCACAUGCGCACUGCAUUGCUGCACCUCAGAGCACGCUACCUGGGCAACCCACCGCGCGUCGCCAUCACCGCCCACUAUGCUGCCGCCCCGCCCAUCCACCUCACCCUCUUCAUCUCGCUCGACCCGUCCUCGCUCCCCAAUACCACCCAAGGCACAAUCCCCCCCACUGCCGUGACUGCCUCCUUGUACCGCACUCCGGCGUACGAGCCUGUGCCCGCUGCCGUGGCGGUGCUGAUGGAGUUCCUCCGCUUCUUCCGCCCUGAAUUCGACCCCGCCAGGAAGUUCUGCCAGAUCGUCCGCGCCAUGCGCCACCACGGCAGGCUGCAGACGCGAGGAGGCACUGAUACGGGGCGAGCCAAGGAACCAGAAGGGACGCGUGAGCACCAGAGUGAGAGGGGAGCAGAGCAGCAAGGGUCAGUUGUGGGAGAGUUGGAACUGCAGCCGCAGUCGCAGCAGGAACAACGAGACACGGAGGAGAAGGCAGGGGAAGCGAGCGAAGGGGAGAGCAGCACGUGGCCGUGGAGGCUACCAGCAAACCACGUGGUGGUGUUCCGGCUGCUCAUCACACCGCUGGGCGCGCAGUGCUGCUUGCCGGGCGUGGAGCUGACCAACCGCGUGCUCACGCACUACCGCCCCCACGCGCACCACUUCCUGCGCGUCACCUUCACGGACGAGGGCCUAAAGACCCUGUCACCCUGA